AUGGCAGAACAGGAACUUAUGGAUGCCAGCGAACGUCUGCAGCUCUUGCACUCACAGAACACCAGCCUUAUCGGCAGCAAGAAGAAAUUAGAAAGCGACAUUUCACAGUUGCAGAAUGAAGUGGAGGAAGCUGUUCAGGAAGCCAGAAAUGCUGAAGACAAAGCCAAAAAGGCCAUCACUGAUGCUGCUCUGAUGGCAGAAGAGCUGAAGAAGGAACAGGACACCAGUGCCCACCUGGAGAGAAUGAAGAAGAACCUUGAACAGACUGUGAAGGACCUGCAGCACCGCCUGGAUGAAGCUGAACAGCUGGCAAUGAAGGGUGGCAAGAAGCAGCUCCAGAAACUGGAAGGCAGAGUGCGUGAACUGGAGAAUGAGCUGGACAAUGAACAGAAACGUGGAUCUGAGUCCAUUAAAGGAGUCCGCAAAUAUGAAAGGAGGGUGAAGGAACUGAGCUACCAGACUGAGGAAGACAGGAAAAACAUCCUGAGGCUUCAAGAUCUAGUAGACAAACUGCAGCUGAAGGUCAAGGCCUACAAGAGACAGGCUGAGGAAUCUGAGGAACAAGCCAAUGCCCACCUGGGCCGCUUCAGGAAGGUCCAACAUGAGCUUGAAGAGGCCGAAGAGAGAGCCGACAUUGCUGAGUCCCAGGUCAACAAGCUCAGAGCUAAAAGCCGUGACGUUGGAGGAAAGGUAUAA